GUCUUUGUUCAAAAUGGCGCCGAGCUUAUAAAAGAUUGCGUGUGAUUUUAUUUGCUUGCGAUUUUCUGGUUUUUUAUUUACAUUUUUGUAAAGUUUAUUGUAAUAAUUACUUAUAAUAAAAUUAUAAACAACAAAUAAUCGCUAAAUUAUAUUAUUUUAAGUGCAGUGCUAUAGUAUUUGAGUAGAUGAAGCAAUGGCAGUAUCCAAAUCAACAAACACGUACAAUCGUCAAAAUUGGGAAGAUUCGGAUUUCCCGAUUUUAUGUCAGACAUGUCUAGGUGAUAACCCUUACAUUCGUAUGACCAAAGAGAAGUAUGGCAAAGAGUGCAAAAUCUGUUGCCGUCCAUUCACAGUGUUCCGCUGGUGUCCUGGGGCUAGGAUGCGUUUUAAGAAGUCUGAAAUAUGUCAAACGUGCUCGAAGCUAAAGAACGUGUGCCAAACGUGCCUCCUUGACCUUGAAUAUGGACUACCCAUUCAAGUGAGAGACGCAGCUCUCAAAAUACAAGAUGAUCUACCUCGGAAUGAAGUCAAUAAGGAGUAUUAUAUACAGAAUUUAGAUAGUCAAAUGUCUAAAUUUGAUUCCACCCAACCAAGCAAUGCAGCUUUAAAAUCGAAGGGGGCUUCUGACCUUCUUGUGCGCUUAGCAAGGACUGCUCCAUAUUACAAGAGGAAUAGACCGCACGUGUGCUCCUUUUGGGUAAAGGGAGAGUGUCGGAGAGGUGAAGAGUGUCCGUACAGGCAUGAGAAGCCGACAGAUCCGGAUGACCCAUUAGCAGAUCAAAAUAUAAGGGAUAGGUACUAUGGAGUGAAUGAUCCCGUGGCUGAGAAGCUGAUGCGUCGCGCGGCUGCCAUGCCGGCGCUGCCUCCGCCCGAGGACCGCACCGUGACCACCCUGUACAUCGGCAACCUGCCUGAGAAUAUCACUGAAGAGGAACUGAGAGGACAAUUCUAUCAAUAUGGAGAGAUAAGAUCUUUGACACUGGUGCCAAGGGCCCAAUGUGCCUUUGUACAGUACACCACUCGCAGCGCCUCAGAGCAUGCUGCUGAGAAGACCUUCAACAGACUGGUGAUAGGAGGCAAGAGACUCACUAUUAAAUGGGGAAAAUCACAAGGUCGUCAAGGGCCCAAUGACAAGAACGAAGCCCUGCCAGCGCUGGAGCCCGUGCCCGGACUACCGGGGACUCUGCCCCCCCCGCCGCCUGCAUUCUUACAUCCAUUCCCGCCACAGAUGCCGCCACCUCCAAAUCGGCCCAACGACUUCUUCAACCUGCACCACUAUGCAGGCCCGGCGUGGGGCGCCUGGGGUGGGGUCGCGCCCCCCGUGCCGCCCCCGCCCGCACUGCACUACCCCAGCCAGGACCCCGCGCGGUUGGGGGCCCACGCGCAUGCGUCGGCGCCACAGACUUAACACGCGCACUGUUCCUAUGGCAGAAUGCUCUGUGUUUAGGCCUGAUCCACAUGUGCAAGUUCAAUGAAAAGGAGAUGGUCCAAAAUUGUAUGAAGUCCAGGAUCAGUCAUUGUACCCUAGCGAAAAUAAAAGAAAAUGUUUUUUUAACUAUUUUUGAUUAUACAAAUCUAUGAAUUUACUUUAAUUCUUUCGAAAUAAUAUUCGUUAAUCGUUAUCUCCUAAGAAAUGCAAUACUAUUAUGGGUAAUAAUGGCGGAUUGGUGACGUUUUCAAUGCAGUAAUCGAUUUGACGUUUGCUAUCAAUUGUCAUGCCAUAGUUGCUAUAAGGGCGCCAUCUUGAUAAAACUCAUAAACUUAGGUUUUAAUUUUAUAUAUUUAUUUUUAUUUAGUUACUUUAAUAAAUUUUAAUAAAAUCCUUGUAUUUUUAAAUUUUAAUGAUGCGGGGUACAACAGUGGACCUGAAAUGGAUCAUCUCCUUUGUAGAUAUCAAUUACGCAAUGUUCUGAUGUUUGGCCUGAUAUCAUGUUCACUAGAAAUAAGUUGACGGUGUUAAGUAAUAAAUAAUAAUAAUAAUUAUUAUUAUAUAAAUAAAGUAAAUGAAGUCUA